AUAUCGGAAUUCAAUAUUUCAGUCUGACAGCCUUGAGUCUAAGAGCAAGGCUUUGUUCUUUCAGCCAGUACACAGCCAUCAGCUAUAAUGCAGUCGAGUCGGGGUCAGUGAUGGGAAACAAGAACACACUCAAUAAUUCAGAUGAUGACCUGACUUUCCUACAGUUUAGCAAUACAAGGAGACAGCGUCUCCAAAAUUAGUGGGAUUUUUUGAGUAAGAAUGAGAAACUGUUUGCAGGAUUGUUUUUCUUUCUUUCCUCUCUCUUCUUUUGUUUGUUUGUUUUUUUUUUUCUUAUUGCACAACAAAGCAUGCAGGAACAAGUGUCACUGUCCUGCUGGUGGAAUUUUCAACAUGUAAGCGAUCAAAAGAGAAUCUUUUGUCCGUGUUUCUACAGUCUUCAUUCCACAGUCGUAACAUAUCCUUUUCCAAUCACGACAAUAUACAAGAAUGAGACAAACUAUGAAAAUUAAGGUCAGGCUUGCGCUCCUCUCUUCUGCUAGGUGGCAAUAUGUUCCCUAGAAAACCAGCUUCCUUCCAGGCACUGCUCUGCCUUCCUCAGGACAGCCUGGGCAUUGCUUCACCCAGGGGGAGAAGGCUUUGUAGGAGGGUAUGCUGAGGGCUGCUUCCUUCCCACAGAUGUCUAAUUUGAGACUGAGGAUUAUCAGAAAGAAAUGCAGUACCGAAUCCUGCUGGAAAAAUCUUCACGAAUAGGAGAGGAAAAAAUCUUUACACUGAAUGAAGAAACAAGCUUGCCUGGGGCAUUAUUUGCGUACUGGGAAUGCUGUAACAAGGAAAUGAAUCCCUCUGUUUUAUGAAGAUAUUGCCACUCAGGACUGGAGUAUUUCAUAUUCCUACAGGAUUCUCUUAACAAUGGAAAAUUAAAAGUAUCUAUCUGUUUAGAUUGCAAAGAUUUUGUUUCUUCUAAAUGUAUGACUAACUGAAAUACUUUGCAUGUUUAAUCAUAAUAUUUAAUCAACUAGACCAACUACAGGACAUUUGUAUUGACAGUUCGGUUGAAAAACAGCUUUAAUAAAGGUGGAGAAGCAUUUCCCAGCGUAUUUUUUUCAUCCACGCUACAAACAAGUGAGUCAUCUCACACAUGCAUAUUAGCAAUAAAGGCCGGCUGGCAUCUGCAUAUCGCUUUGAACGCACCCCAUCUGUGCUGGAACCUCCAUUUACGUUCCUGGCUUUGCUUCCCCCAGAGGGGAGCUCACUGCGCUUCUCCCAUUACAGGAGCUCCGCGGGCUGACUCCACCGAGCCGGGGCCGCCCUUCAGCGGUGUCACCCAGAGCCCGGCACACAACCUGCCCUGCCCAUUGCCCGUCCGCCGCCAUUAUCUCCCGCAGGGGGCUGCCCUGAUACCCGCCGCAGCGCAGCAGCUCGCGGUUCUGCGUUGCGGGCUCUUAGGGCGCGGCGCCGGUUCCCGGCGGGGCCGCAUUCACCGCAGCACCACCCGCCCGUCCGGCAGAGGGAGGGGAGCGGUGGGGCCGUAUCGUGCCGUGCCGCGGGCAGAAAUGGCAGUUUUCCUAUGGAAAAACUUAUUUCAGACUACAAAGGGAAAGAUACUACAGCAGAGAAGGGCACUGCUGUAUAAUGGUGCUCAUGAGUAUGACGAAGAAUUGAUAAAGAAGAAACUUCAGCAGUUUGCUGGUGGAUCCGUGAACCUUUCCAAAGAACACAGUGGCAUUGGAAUACUUACCUUGAACAACUCCCGGCUAAUGAAUGCCUUCACAGGCACUAUGAUGCUAGAACUCCAGGAGAGAGUUACUGAACUGGAAAACUGGAAGGAUGGCAAAGGCCUUAUCAUCUGUGGUGCAGGAAACACUUUUUGUUCAGGAUCUGAUUUGAAUGCUGUCAAAGCAAUAUCCAAUUCCCAGGAUGGGAUGAAUAUGUGCAUGUUUAUGCAAAAUACCUUAACCAGACUCAUGAGGUUGCCAUUGAUCAGCGUUGCACUAGUCCAAGGAAAAGCUCUUGGAGGAGGAGCAGAACUUACCACAGCAUGUGAUUUCAGGUUGAUGACGCCGGGCAGUGAGAUUCGAUUUGUCCAUAAGCACAUGGGCCUGGUGCCAGGCUGGGGAGGAGCUGCCAGGCUGGUGCGAAUCGUUGGCAGUAGAGCUGCCCUCCAGCUGCUGAGUGGGGCUCAUGGGGUGGACCCUGAGAGAGCACUGCAUCUUGGGCUGUCAGAGGGGACCUUGUCUUCUUCAGAUGAAACUGGAUCACUAGAAGAAGCUCGAGCCUGGCUGAGUCAGUAUACAGAGGGUCCAGCUAGUGUGAUUCGAGCUGUGAAAAAGGUGGUCACAGCUGGAAGAGAACUGCCGCUGGAAGCUGCCUUAAGGACAGAGAAGGAUGUUUUUGGAACUGUGUGGGGUGGGCCUGCCAAUUUGGAGGCAUUGGCUAGAAGACAAAAGCAUAAAUGAUGGUCAAUAUAUAAUAAAUAUUCUUGAUAUUUUACACAUGAAUCUUUCACCAAAGCAGAUAAUAGAUUGAAUUGUUUAGUGCCAGUUUAAAGGAACAAGCUCUUAACAUUCCUAUCAUUCAUGUCUGGCAGACAUAUUUGGUGUGCAACCACACAGUAAUCCCCAGAAGAUCCCUUACUGUUUUAAUCACUCGCUGAAUGGAGAUUAGUGAAAUUUGUAUGUAAAGGUAAAUACUGUGCUUAGAAUAGAAUCUAAUUAUUUUGGAAUGAGGCUGAAGAUUAUUUUCUUUGGAGUAAUUUUGUUUUUUCUAACUGGUAUAGAAAUGAACUGUGUGAGAGAUGAGAGGGUUUCUUUAUUUACAGAACAGGUGUGCCCAAAGCUCUAAAAGCUGAAGUCCCCAAAACGUGGCCAGCGCCUUAAAGCAACUUUGAAGCUUUGAUAACUGGUGAGAGUAUCGUUUUUUCAUCUUCAGUCAGUUCUUGGUGUAAUUGUUCAGAAAGUAUACAAGAUCUUCAGUCAGUUUUUGGUAUAAUAGUUCAGAAAGUAUACAAGGAUUGUUACUUUUUAGUUUGGUUUUUUUUUUAGAGAAAUAGUUCUAACUCACUGAAGACUUGUAGACUUUAUUUGCUGUUGUGGAACCAGAUCUUUAAGUGCAUGUAGGUAUCUACUCACAGCUUUGGAAACCAGCUACCAACAUCUGCAUCUGUGCAUUCCCACAGCCUUGGGUCUGUGAUGCUGGGCCCGUGCAAAGCUGCUGACAUCAUUUUUCACUUUGAAUCUUCUUGAAAUUUUAGAAGAUUAUGGUGUGUAAUGCUCCCAAAUAAGAUUUCUUUUUAGCGAGAUGCUCUCAGUACUUCAGCAUUCAUGAGAAACAUGUCUGGAAAGACUUGUUUUCCUUUUACUAGUAGUACAUAUUUGGGUUGUGAGAGACCGCAUCACCUGGAACUCAAUAACCAUGUGUAUGGGAACUGUUUAGAUCACAGCCUGAACCAGUGAUUGAGCACCUGGUGAAGGGACAUAGCCAGCUUCCUGGCUAUGGUGGAAGCAAUUCACUAAUGCAACCAGAAGGAGUGAACCCAGGGUGUGCCACUCCCUAAGCCCAUUUAAGGGCUCGCAUCAAAAGGGGAGCAUCUCUACUUGAAGAUCAUCUCCUUUGGGAGUUUCUGGGGAACCCUGAUCUUUGGAAAAGGGGUAAGCUAUUCCUUCUUUAUUACGGAUUGUGACCAUUACCUUUCUUAGGUGCUUUAAAACUGGUGAAAGGCAACUAUAUCAACUUCACCUUUCUUACACCAUGCUAGUGACUGUGUGCAUUAUUAGAUAACUCAGCAGAGAGAGUUUUUCCUUUAGGAAUUAGAAACUGAGACAGAGUUCCUGCUUUGGCUGAUGAUUCUGAAUUUAGAGUGCAACAUCUGUGAGAGCAGAAAUGUACAGGCAUAUCCAUAACUGAGAACUUCCUGUACAGCUGAUUACCUUGUCUCUCAAUCCAGCAAUGAUGAGGGCUGGACCUGGGACCCAUGUACCCCAGGAGGUUAUGGAGGAAACUCUAGGCUAUUUGGCAUGGAUGUGCAUUAUUGCUCUCACUAAGCAUAACUAACUAGGUGCAUGGUCCAAAGUUUCUUAGGAAAAGGAAGUGAUUCCUUGUAUGAAAAUCCAUGUUAUGAUUUUCACAGUGUGGCAGGACUACCAUUUUUGAGAUGAUGAGGUAACUGUAUGUAGGUUCAGAGAUUUGGGGACAGAUCAGUGACAGGAAUCAGACUAGGUGGCCUGCUAAGAUUCUGUAGCUUUUGAGUAUAUGCUACAUUCUGCUGAGUAUUUUAUUAUAUGGCUUGGGUGUGUGUGUGUAGCCUAAAGCAACCAAAAGAAAAGAAAUGCUGAAGAAAGGAUCUGUUUUGAGCUGGCACCUUGCAGAAGAUAAGCAACUUUGCCCUCUUGAUCCUUCCUUUUUGCCUUUGCAUGUUGUACUACUUUUGGAGGAAGAUCUCACAUCUCUCUGUCCUAAAAAUAAUGUUUGUAAUUUUUACUUCCGAGUUAGAGAUGGGAAUAGGAACACAGGGAGAGGGUAUUGUCUAUUGUGUUUUCCCUCUUCCCCUUUUUUCAUCUAGCUGCUCACUGUUUGAUAGCCCUGUGCUGCUGAGUGUUAUACUCUAAAGGGUUUCAACCCCAUGACUUAAGAAAUAAGGAUGCUUUAAUAUAGUAAAGGAAUACUUGAUUCAUUUGUAAUGAAGUUGAUGUGCUUUUCAUGAAGUUUCUCAAUCCCUGAGGGAUUCCACAUUGCCCAUGUGUCUGUACCUUCAAAGCAUGCUCCAGUCCAUGUUCCCCCAAGCCCAACUCAACUUUGUGAAGCAAUAGCACCUCACAUUGUCAGUCAAAAAAAUGUGAUUUCUAUGGCAAGUUAGUAGGCCUCUGCUAGCAACAAUUUGCCGAAUUUGCUGUUGCUAAUAUUGUGUGUUUUUUUUAAUGGCUGUGAAUAUUUGAACCUAAAAAAGGCCACUGGUAUCUUUUUUUUAAUCCAAGUGCUAUAAGGCCCAGUAUAUAUUCUGUGAGCUGAGUGAUACAAUUAGGUAGGAAAGUGCAGCGGAAAUGCUGCAUCUGUUUUAUGUGUACAGUUUGAACUAGACCUGUGCUGUCAGUAAGUGAAACUAGGUAUGUAUGUGAAUCCUGUAUGUACAAGAGUCCUCUUUCCAGUUUGAUUUGUAGGCAUGGACCUUCUUGUUUCGGCACAUGCCUUUCUCCAGCAAUCCCCAGUGUUUGUUUCUAAGAAUAGGACAAGUAAUUAACUGGUGCUAGAACAGCCAAGACACCUUCAGAAGAGGUUACAGGAAACUCAUUUUUGCCCUCUCAGUUGGAAUCGCAAAUAGACCAAACACUACUGUAAGAGAUUCUCAUAAUUAUAGGUGUUUGCUUUGAUCAAAGACUUGGUGCACAGUCUAAUACUGUAUUAUUCUUCUUCUUUUUAAAAAUAAGUACAGUCCUUACUAUGAAAACCAGCCUAACUAAAUUACUGUGAGUGCUAUCAUGAGGGCAACAGACUGAGAUGAAAUGGAAUCCCAUUUUAGAAAUUUCAAACCUAAGUGGUCAAUUUCAGAGCAUUUGCCUGUCAUCCUGAAGUGCCAAAUACCUGUAACCAGCAGCUAAUAGGCAUUUAUAUCUUCUUUAAUUUUAUUAAAGACUAUAUGCUGCUUUUCCUUUAGAAAUGAUCUAAAACUGAACAAGCACCAAAUGCACAAAAUGAAUUAGAAACCCAAUUCAGAAUUGAUCCUCCCUGGUCUCCUAAUUAAAAGGAGUACUAGCUUUUGUAUUUGCUAGGGGCUGAUUUGCUACCUCUCUCCUCGGCAAACAAGGUUUUCUAUUCCAUUGUGAAAUGCCUAUCUUAUUUCUUGCCUCUGUGUAUUGGGACACUCUUGAGUACUUAAACUGCAUGGAUUCGUAGCUGAGAGCCUGAAUGCUGUCACACUGCGAAUCACUUCUAGCAAUACUGAUACUUCCCCAUAUUUGCUGCUACGCAACCUUUGGCAGGAAUAUACUUACCAAAUCAACAGCCCAGGUAAGCCAGGUGUUCCCCUUGCUUAUAAAGAAAAAUAUAUGCAGUGUAGCUGUAGCUUCCUACUGAAGGUAACAGUUUAAAUAUAACGUGGGAAUUACUGGUUGCUACUUCUUCCUAGCGUGAUCUGGGAGAGGGUUUGCCACUCUGAUGAUUAGCUGUUAAGCUCCCAUCAAUCUUACUUAAAUUUUAGUAAUUCACAGCUGCAGUCAACCCUGGGAAGCCAAAAGCAGUAUUGAUGGGUGUUUGGCCUGAACAGAAGUUUGUUUCUGCUUUGGCCAAAAACCUUAGUGGAUAAUCACUGAUAAAAUUCACUGUGUUUGUAUACUUUUUUUUUUUUUGUACUGAAAUUCCUCAAAUAAAGUAUAUAGCAGGUCCUGUACUUUGCAUCUUGCUUUAACAGGGCAUGACCUUGCCCUAAGUGAAAUGCAUGCAAAUACUGGAAGCAUUCUUACUGUUUUACAGCACAAAGUUAGACUCUGAUUAGAGCUAGUGUAUGGUAACUCAAAACAAAAAGGUGACAGCUAACAAAUGAAAGUAAAAAGCACUCCAAAUUCUUUCCUUCCAAAGGUCACAUUCCUGGCUUAGCCCUUUAUGGAACUGGAAAGUGGAAAUCUGUGACCAAGACUAUCCCUUCCUAGCUGAGAAAGCAAGAAAUACUCUUUCAUCUGUCUCAGUCUCCUGUGCAGUUUCCUUCAUUCACUGACCCACAGUCUCACCUGUGGGCAGAGAAAUCAGAAAUGGAUACAGUUUUGCCCAAGAAAAUGCAUAUCAGCCUUUGCUACUUUAAGAAGGCUUUAGAAAUUUAAAUAUACCAUUCUUAAAAACCAGCCCGUUUAAUUCUCUUCAAGUGAUUGUAUACCUACAGCACCUUUUUGUUUGAUGGAUGGAAAUACUUAAAAAUCAGCUAUCAGCCCUUUCUAUUCAGGGCUACAUGCACCAAGAACUAGAGUUUAAAUUGCUUUAUCUUAAAGGCAAUGAACAAAUGUUUUUGAAAAAAAUGAGAAACAACUGCUAUAAUAACAAAUUGUACUUAAGAUCUGGAUUGUAGACUUUUCUAAUAAUCACUCUGUAGUAACAGGGGCCAAUUUGUGAGUGCAUUUCAAAUACAAGUCCCAAAUUAUCUGAUUCCUGCAGUUAUGAGCUUUGCUAUGAAGAACAGAUAAUAGCAAUCUAGUCCUUAACAUUUCUUCUGUACUUUAGGGUCAAGUAUGAUUAUUUUUGCUCUUUUAUUUCAACACUUGUGCUGCUAAUAAGACUGUGUGAUACUUUUUCCCACAACAACAGUGAAGUGAGUUGGUCAGCACUUGAGAAGUGUGAAGCCUGUGUUAGCAGUAAGCCUGUUACUUGUGAUUUUUUUUCAUAAGAAAGACGUACUCCUCCUAGAUCAGUGUUCUGGUUGAAAUAGUCAGGAGCAUAAGAUGCCACUCUAAACCAAUCCUUGCUUUUGGUGAAUAC